AUGAAGGACCUUUCCCUCAGCGAGGAUGUUCUCACUCAGGAUUCCGGCUCUGGAAGCCUACAGAUCCCUCAGGAUCGACCCGACGUGACGAACAGAAGUUCUGUUCGGUCCAAGGACGCAGAAGCCUCGAGUCUAAGACGGGACUCUGCCAAAGACUACUUACAGGCGGCCAGGCAGCUGGCGUACACGGGUAGCCAACGAAGUCAGACGAGUCAACGGAGCCAGCGGAGCAGUCAGCCGUCCAAGAGGAGCUGGUCUUCCUCGCAAUCCCUGGAUGAAGCUGGCAAGGACAGCGGCAGGCGGUUGAGGACGACCGCCCGAAAGGAAAAGAAGGACAAACGCAGCAGCAAGGCGCGGGAUUCGCCGGGCUCGGGGCGGGACAGCCACUUCCUCAGCUUGGCGGAUGCGUCGGAGGGGCGCCCCGGCAUCUCGGAGCUCGCCCUCCGGGGCUUGGACUCGGUGCUGCGGCGACCGGGGGGACAGCUCGCCAUCGUUGGUGUUCUCCCAUUCGUUGCUGAGUUUGAGCCUUCAGACCGAUGA